AUGUCCUCUCUUCCCGUUAAGAUGAAUGCACCUCUAUUCAAAUCCUCCACCAUUGUGGAGCUUCAAGAAAAGCUGAAGAUCAACAAGGUAUUUCAUGAAAGCCUUUCUGAAGGUACCGUCAAGGAUGUUCAAGCUCUCAUCCAAUACUGGAAUAUAAAGCAUACCUUGAACGUUUCCAGCACUUCGUUUGAUAACAGCAAGAACUCGCGCUUUUUCAAAACUGGAAACAAAAUCGAGCCUCAGGAAUUCUCCGAUGUCGUAUCAAAUAAUAUUCAACCCAACAAAGAGCAGCUGGCUGCUUGUACGGGAAUUUAUGAACUUCCUUCGACAUGUCCAGAAGCUCUUUCCGUUAAGAGCUCAUCUGAUAUUCGCUCCCAUGAAAGCAGCAAGCAUCCUAGCAGCACAUUUAUAGAGUGCUCUGAUAUUGAACCGGCUUGCUCUGAUAAUGCAGAGCGUACUCACUCACCCUCCGAGGAACCUUCGCCUUCUACAGAAUCUGAAGCUACUAUCGAUCCCUUCCCCAAGAAAAAAGCAUUGAAAGCAAAAGUUCGAACCUUCUUUUCAAAAAUUAAGAAUGCAUUUGCCAAGAGAUCAAGCAAGGCGCCUCAAAGAUCCUUUUCCUGUGCUGACCCCAUCUUCGGCCCCAUUGACCUCAGCGACUCGGAAUAUUUAGAAUUCGUUUUUAAUGAUAUCAAACAACCUCUUACGCCCCACGUCAAGGCUAUGGUUCAAAGGAGAAAGUUCAAUACUUUCCAAGAACUUCGAUGCUUUGUUCGCGAGUGGAAGGAGGAGAAGCAGAAUGUCCGGGAAGCAUUUGAUAGGGUUGGCCUUCGCCAUUCCUGGGAGCCAAAAAUCACCGAUGAUGGAUCUUACUAUGCUCCUUCUGAGUUCGGCUGGUCUGUCUUUUGGCCCAAUGGUGGUCCUUACCCUCUUCCUUCGCCUUGUCGCUUGGCUCUGGAAGGAAGCAACCUGUACGAUUCGAGAGAAGCAAUUGACGAUAGGGCUGAUGAUGACAAUACCUCCUUCUUUGAUGAGUUCGAAGCUCGUCAACUUGCUGGAGAUUUCUCCUACAUGGACUAUUAUGUCGACCCGGCAAAGGCAGAUGAUGGCAGUGAAAGUGACAGUAGCUGUGGCAGUCCAUAUGGUGGCUUCGAUCAUUUGGACAGUGAAACCGUUAAGGGGUACUCUCCUGAAAAGCGCUCCUCUGUCGAUCAGUUGAUGCAAGACAUCUGGAAGCGUUCUGAAGAAUAUCAGGAGUACUUCAGCAGCAAGGAUAUUGAAGAUGAAGAUCUUGAUGACGAAUUUGGUGCUGGUGGUGGCUUUGGUGUUGUUAAUGGUGAUGGUGAUGGUGAUGAUUAUGGCAAUGAAUACUAUGGCAUGCAUUUAAGACUGGUUUCAGACAAACGCAAUGUCUCCUCCUCCAUUUGGAAUCCACCUACUUUCCAUGCAACCAUUGGCAACAACACUCGGGUCCCACAUAGCCAAACAGAAGUGGACAUAAGGCUUCAAGAUGCCGUUCCUUAUGUGAAGAUUGAUGGCAGCCACAGCCAGGAGCACAAGAUUCCGAGGAAGAAGGUGAAGCAACUGACGGUAGAUAUCGACGAUGGAGCGCUUUACAAGAGGUCGAUAUCCGCCUACUCGUCCUUCAAGGACUAUGACUUGAUGUGGCAAAAGACUUUUCACGAGGAGCAGCAAGACGUGGACAAGAGCCAAGUUACCCUGCAGAGCGUUGCAUUGGCUCUAUAUGAACUGAUCCAGAAGAACCAUUACGAGGGAAAUUUCGAAUGCGAUCUACUGUUUAUGUCGCCUGAAAUUUCUUAUGAAGAUGACAUGUGGGAAGCAGAGCCAUUGACAGAGUGGACAGAUCUCUUUAUGGAGAUGGCUAAUAUUUUUGAACGAGCUAGUUUGAGCUCUGAACACGCUAUCAUUUCGUUCAUAUACCUCAAGCGAAUGUUGUCGAUAUCUGGCCAAUUCCUCUUUGAUGGUAACUGGCAGCGACUGUUAAUGUUGUCCAUCUUGACCGCCGCAAAAGUCUGGGAAGACUGCUCGAUUUACAACUCGGAUUAUCCACAAAUGUUUCCAGACGUACCAACCAAGACAAUAAAUCAAAUGGAGGUACAUUACUUAGAGUAUCUUGACUGGAAUGUAAAUGUCAAGUGCUCUGAAUUUGCAGCAGCCUAUUUUUACCUUAGGCAAUUUCAAGACGUUUAGCUUUUUUUUUCUUAAUAAAAUUUUAAUUCAUA